AUUGGAUGCAAACAGCUGGGCAGCGUAAUUAAUACUAAAACCAUUUUCAGGAUCUCUCUACAUAUAAACUGCAUACAGCCUAUCCACAUGGGUAGCUAUAAAUAACGGACUCGGCUAAUAUUGUUAAAUUGGAUAUAUAAAAAUUCUUUUAAAUGAAAAGAAAAUGAUACAAGUGAAGUACUUCGAUCUGUUGUAUGUAUUGUUGCUCAGAUUACUGCUUAUGCCACAUCAAACUACAAGUUUGAGCUUGAGUGUGGUGCCAACUCGCAUACUUCCGGGGAUCACCAAACAACUGAUUUUCAACUGUACUAUGAGUGUUGAAGAGACUCAGAAAAUGAUUUCACUUAACUCUAUCAUCCUGUCUCGUUCUAAUGGCUCUGACCAGUCAGACAUUGAAGUCUUAGCAGUCAUCGAUAGCUUUACAGGGCGUGUCCAAGUAUACAACACAGAUGGGUUAGGCAGUGGCGUGAUCGCUAAUCAAGGUGUGUCCUAUCUGUGUCUCCAAUUGCCGUUCCCUCUACCGGACAAGGCAGGCGAUUACCAAUGUGAUGCUAAUGGAAUGAAUCUAUCUUGGCGAGGUCAGACAAUUUCAGCAUCCGCAAAAAUUACUUCUAGUGAAUAUUCUUUACACUCAAUGUAUCAACAACUCAGAGAAAGUAAAAUAGAAAACAUUGCAAAAAGUCUCAAAAUCAGCGAACUUAGCUCACAAGUUGAAAAGCUUCAGGAAAAUGUCACAAACUCUACAGAGUUCAUUAAAGAAUUACAAGAAAAAGAUAAAGCUGCUUUGAAAACUUUGUUCUAUGAAUCUGCCCCGUACAAUGGUCGAAGAUACUAUUUGACCAAACCUUUGGCACUUGUUACGAUAACAGAAGCCCAGGUCACGUGUGCUAAGUAUGGCGGUUACCUGGCUGAGAUUGAUGACGAUGGGGAAUUUUUUUUUGUUAGAAAUUUUAUCAUUAAGCAUCCAUUUUACCAAGGAGUUUUUAUUUCUGGCACUGAUGCUGAUCAAGAGGGUCACUGGAUUAAUCCAAGAAACAACUCAACCUUGAAAGACAUCAAAUGGUUUCGUGGAGAGCCAGGUGGAGGUACAGUAGAAAAUUGUAUUGUAUGUUGGAGAGAAUAUAACUGGUACAUCGGAGAUCACAGAUGUGUUCUAUUUAGCGAUGCUCAAUACAUUGCCUAUCUGUGCGAAAUUGUUGACAUAUGAAUUGCUUAACAAUAAAAAAAAUACUGAUUUUUCAAACUA